UCCUGCAUUGAGAGCGGAUGCGUCUCACCCUCUCUUUCUCCCACUGCUGCUACCGUUGCCCGUUCUCCACACACUAUUACCUCUCAUCCUACCUCACACUGGCUCACUGAGCCUCUGUCAGUUUCUGUCUGUUUCUCUUUCUCUCUCCCUCUCUCUCACUUUCUGUGCUUGGGAAAGGAAGACAUUGCUCAAGCUGUGUAUGCGUGUGUGCACACCGAUUUUCCUUCAUAUAUUCCACGUUUCUGAGGUGAAACGUAACUUGUGUUUUGCAGAACAGCCGAGGAAUUCUAGAACACUGGGAGUCAGCGAGUGCACCAGGAAUCACUGGAUGAUAAUGUAGAGAGGUGAAGGAAUAUGCAUAUAUAAUAUAAAUUAAUAAAAAGGGAAGCAACAAAGAAUUUUCAGAAAAGUGCAAAGUGUUGCAAGCUGAUGAUAUUUACUCAUAACGAUGCCAUUGAAUGAUCGGUUCAUUGUGCAGUCAACCCAGCCUAUACGUGACGUGAGAGUGAAGAUUCUGUUGUUGGAAAAUUGAAGGUUAUUCAUUCAGAUAACAAUAAUUAAAAGAAGUAUAGGAGAUCGCAUCACGAGAUCGCCAUCGGCCACAUUGCAAGAUGUAUGGAAUGCUACUGGAAAGCAUCAUGUACUUUGGCAGGUUGGAGUAUGGAGAGAUCGUGUGGGAGAAGAUCCGGGAGGACGCUGGCUGCAAGACGGCCGAUUUCAACACCCACCAAAUCUACUCGGAUUCCAUCUUCCUGCAGAUGGCGACGUCGUGCUCCAACGUCCUCGGCAAAGGGGACGUCAACGACUACAUGAGGUUCUUCGGCAGAUGCUUCGUUCGAUACUGCAGCCAUUAUCACUACGAUAAAAUGCUCAGAGUAACAGGGAGACACUUCUGCCAGUUUCUGAGGGAAAUGGACAAUUUGCAUUCGCAGAUGAGAUUCGGAUUCCCCAAGAUGAAAUCUCCGUCGAUGGUCGUGACUGAGUACAACAGAGAAGGCGCCCUCCUCCAAUACAGGUCCUCAAGAACCGGUCUUUCGCACUACCUCAUGGGUCAGUUACUCCAGAUCGCCAAUGAUUUUUUCGACAUGCCAUUGAACGUCGAAAUAAUUUCGGAGGAGAGCGAAGCCAGGACACAGUGCACCACCUUCAGGCUAGACUUCGACAACGGCGGCUUCGUCGACGAGAUGGUGCAGAAGAGGAGAGGAUUCGACAGGGAGCCGCUGCCGUCGGACUCUUUCGAACUGGGGACUCUGUUCCACCAGUUCCCCUUCGGAAUGGUGUUGGGUCCUGAGCUGAGAAUCCGCUACGGGGGAGAGAAGAUCCUGAUGCUCCUAGGGAUGGACGUGAUAGGAUCUCCCUUCACCCAGCAUUUCAUCAUCCAGAAGCCUCACACGCUCCUCUCUUGGGAAGCGAUUAUCAUGUUCCAGAACGUCGUUUGGGAAGUGGAGUCCAAAAACCUGCCAUUUAACGCAACCACUGCCAACAGUUUAGAUGCCUUCCGAGAAAAGCCUCCCAGACGUGGCUCCAGCCAAGCCCCUUGGUCCACAGACAGGUCGUCCUUGAGUUCUUCGAGAGGACUUUUGCUGAAAGGCCAAAUGUACAUCGUCAAAGAACUGAAUAUCGCUCUCUUUCUCUGCAUGCCUCUGUUGAACAACCUGGUGGAAAUGAGAGAGAUGGGGCUAUUUCUUAAUGACCUGAGCAUGCACGACCUCAGCCGGGAAAUGGUGCUUGCUGGGUGGCAACACUGUUCAAGGUUGCAGAUCAUGUACAACAGAGCAGAGGAAUACUCCACGAAGCUGGAGGACUCCCACAAGAAGAACGAAGAGGCCAAGGCCAAAGGAGACGAACUCUUGUACUCCAUGUUGCCCCGCAAGGUGGCUGAUAUCCUCCGUCAGGGAAACGACCCCUAUGAGAUUUGCCAGGUGAGGUCGGUAACGUCAUCUGCAGGCAGGGGCUCUCUCUUAGGAUAUCAUGUUCAGACCAACAAGACUUUCGAGGAAGUAACUGUCCUGUUCGCGGAGGUGUCUUUGGCCGAGGAGUGCGUGGGGAUGGGAGCCAUGGACUACCUGAAGAUCAUAAACGGGCUUUACAACGUGCUGGAUAACACGCUCGAGAAGUACUUCGUUUUUAAGGUGGAAACAGUAGGGGGCGUCUACAUGGUGGUGGGGGGUGCCCCUGAGCACAGGGCCGACCAUUGCUCCCAAGUGGCCUCUCUGGCCCUCCAGAUGAUAGAGGAAGUAGCGAGGUCUACCUCCGGUAGCCAUGGUCUGCGCAUAGGAAUGCACUUGGGACCUGUAGCGGCUGGCGUGGUGGGAUUAAAGCUCCCUCGAUAUUGCCUGUUUGGGGACACAGUCAACACAGCGUCUCGGAUGCAGACUAACGGACAGGUGGGCCGCGUUCACAUCAGUGAGAAGUGCGCCAAAGAACUGGAGAAGUUCGAUUUCAUCACGACUUUCAGAGGCAAAAUACAAAUUAAGGGCAAAGGGGAAAUGAACACCUACUGGCUCGAGGGGAAAGCAGAACCGAAGAGCAAGUUCUCGUGGAAAUGAUGGAGGGAGUACGUCUGGUGCGGCCAUCGGAAAAGCAUGUAGCCACCGGACACCGGGGGAACCGGGAGUGCCCUGUCCGUGAUGUGUCGGCGAAGUCCCGCGAGAUCCUGCGAGAGACGGUGCACUUGACGUUUUGAUGGGAGUUCAGGAGAAGAUCUUCGAGAGGGGACCACUUGCCUGCAGAAGAUCCACUUUUCAAAUCGUGAGAUCUUAUAAUUCGGACCUCUUGCCUGCGAAAGAUCCACUUUUCAAAUCGUGAUAUUUUAAAGUUAGGACCACUUGCCUGGAAAAGAUCUUAUUGUCAAAUCAUGAGAUCUAAAAUUAGGACCACUUGCCUGCAGAAAAUAAUCCACUGUUCUUGAACGCAAACUCUUGGCAGAAUUACAGAGUAGUGAUUCUCUUUGUAAUCGUCGUCCUGUAUUGAAGUGUAACCUCAGGUAACGGCGUUAUUGAAGUGCGUGCAUCACGAAGGAGACAGUGCACUUACUGUUUUGAUGUCAGGUCAAGAGAAGAACUUCAAAACAGGACCACUUGCUGGCAAAAGAAAAACAAAACUCCACUUUUCUUCAAGGCAAACUCUUGCCAGAACCACCGCGUAGUGGUUUCCCUUGAAUUCAUCGUCCUGUACUGAAUUGUCGGCUUAGAUAACGGCAUUAUUUGUGUGUGUGUGUGUGUGUGUGUGUGUGCAUCGAUCACGGAGUAAGAGAUAGUGUACUGAUUAAAUGUGCUCAUUAUAUUCCAUUGUUUUUGAGUGUUUUCAGUAAGCGGAUUCGUCAAAACGAAUAUAUUUCGAAUGCCAUAUCAGUCUUCGUUCAAAACGAGCUGGCAAGAGGCGUACUUAAUCUCAAAAGACGUAGUUAGUGCGUGGCAAUGCCGUACUCAGACGUCGACUAUUUACAGACCGCCAUCCUUAUGAAAAGUCCGAGAGGACGAAAAUUAAAAACUUUAAGGUCGAGGCCAGUGAAGAGAGUGGAAUUUUAGAUGCGGAAUUUUGUCGCUGCAGUUGAUGUAAUUAUAAAUAUUCAUUACGGGCAGCAAAUGUGUAAAGUCCAUUUGAUAUUUUGUGGAUUAAAUUGACGUUUUUAAUCGAUGCCUGGGGAAUGCGGAGAGGUUAUUUAAAAAAACAGAAAAUAUUUCGUAGAUGAGAAACCUUGUGAUCUGCAGUGAUGAGUAAUCUGUAAAAAAAAAUUUAUGAAUAUUCCCUAAGCCUUGGAGGGUUACAUAAAACUUAAAGAAAUGAGAUUUCUGUGUCCAAGACACCUUGAAAAAUACCGGAGGAAAACUCGACAUUUAAACGAUGACAAGCUGCCUUGGUGAGCGUUAAAGACGACCUUUUUAAAUUGACGACAGGAAUAUACAUGAAAAUGUCCUUCUGUGGAUAAUUGCCGUGUUAGAAUAUAUCUUGGAAAUUCUAUUUUAUUAACGAGAGUAGUUUCUGCAACAGGAGGUGAAAAAAAAAGAAAUAUAUUUUCAUAUGUGGAACUUUCAUAAACAUAAAUGCUAUUUUGUAGUCGAUGUAGAUAGUGCUUUUGUGAGACAGAAUUGUGUAGAGACAAAAUUAAUUUUGUCUAUAAUCAGAUUUAUUAUUACAAUUCAGAUAUACAUUCCUAAUGGUGCGGUGUUUACAUACAUUUCGUGUAUUUCCGAAUGUUUUCCAACGCCUGGAGAUAUAUGUCACGAUCCGUCUGCAUAGACCUGUAUGUUUUGUAACUUGUUCGUUUCUUGAAUUCAGAGAAACUAAACAUAUCGUAGAUAAAAGUUGACGUCCAUAGUAAGCUAAGGAGGCCCAUACACUCGCUUCAGGUGAAUCAAGUGGCCUGAGUUCUGGGAUGAGGACUUUUUUUGGGUCGUGUAUGGGGUUAGUUCGUCCAGGAUGACUGGGUGGGUGGGUGGUGGUGCAAAAUGGACUUGUGUGUAGGACUGGCUCUGGAUUAUUGCUAGAAUGAGUGAUGAAGGUUGAAACGAGACAAAACUAAAGUUGGGCUGCCAGGUUCAAGUAACAAAUUAGUCAUUGAAAGUAGUUCUCUGAAAGCAAUAAACAACCCCUCCUCCCACCUUAAAUUUAGUUUUAAAUGCACAGAACUGACCGUUCCUUCAAAUUGGGGAGGGUGGUAAGAUAUUUUCAUUGUCACUUCAGCCAUAAAAUUUAGGAAGGUGCAAGGUCAUAUGUUAACCACAGAGGGAACCAGGAUAUACCUUUUAGUCGAUAUUCCAUAUAUCUGGUCUUGCGUUUAAAUUGAAGAAAGUAGAAGAAGCUUCAGCCAGUAACGUCACAGUAGUCAAAUACAUAAGAGGAGAGGACUAUGGCUGACCUCUCUUUUCUGCCACUCAACAUACCAACAAGUCAAAGUGAGCAGUCCAAGGUCAAAGUUCAAGUUCAUCAGUCAUUCAGCUAUGGCUCACUGACAGUUUGGAGUGUGUGUACGUAUGGGUAUCCUAAAGGAGUAUUGCCUUAUGCUGUAAUUCUGAAUGACCUCUAGGUCAAAGUGCCUGACCCUUUGCCCAAAUCUUUUAUUUGUUUUUCUCUUCGUUCACUAGCAUAUUUUGCCUCACAUUUACCAUUUCAUCAGUUAUGAAGAAGAUAUAUUUAAGCUUUUAGCAACUUGAGAAAUGCCUUAUUUUGACUAGAAAGCUCGACAUCCGUUCCAAAGAACUGUAUGAGGAUGUCAGUAAAGGCAGAGUCAAACCAACAUAGCUUCAGGCAUCUUUUUAGCGUAAAGUUGCCAAGUAUUUGAUUAAUAAUAAGUCAAUAUUUUUGUAUCAUGGCAUAAAAUUCAAGCUGUGCAUGUUUGUCAAGAUGGUGUAUGGUUUAGAUAUGACGCCAAUAUGAACUACUUUGGGCAAAAUAUGAAAGAUGGCAGCAAACGUGCCCAUGUGGCACCGCCUUAGGAUGCCUCAAGAGGUCAGCAACCAGACAACAUAGCAUUUGAUGUCAACUGUGUAAGUGAUUCACUUUUGUGUGCUUAUCAUUGUGUAUCAUGGAAUCACGAGAAGUCAAGAUAUUGGUUUUGAGUUUAUAGAUAGAAAAGAGCCGGUUUCAUUGUUGUUCAUGUGUAUGAAUGGAAAGUACCUAGAAUAAAUGAAUAAAUUAUAUAAAUA